CAGGGAUAUAACCAACCAGGCUGCAGUCCCCUCCCCUGUUACUCUCACUUUCCAUAACCCUCAAUGUACCUCCUCUCUCUUUCACUAACUCCCCCAUCACCACUCUCCCCCUCUAUUACGUGUCAAGCGUCUCUUCCUCCUGAACUGAACAGCACACGCCAAACAGGGGACUGGUUGAAAACAGACACUGGCUCUUCUGGUCCUUGCCUCCGUCUCCUCCCAUUUUACAAUUUCCCUGACUUCAUCCGCCGCCCAAUUCACUGUAGCUUUACUCAUAUUUCUUUCAGUCUAAUUUUUAUAGGCUUGCCUACUUAUUUUCACUUGAUCUUUUAUUCACGCUGACUGCUUUUGCACAAUUUACCCAUCCAUCACAGGAUGGUUGAUAGUCUUAUUUGUUUUUUUAUGUAUUGUUUUUAAACCUGCAAGUUCUUCACACUUGACCUCUCCCCAUUUCCUCCUUCCAUCUUGCCAUCUAGUAUUUGCUCCACUAAUAUUUAGCCCAAGUGGCCUGUUCUUUCCCUUGGUCUUCCUCGGGCGCGGCCAGUUGAGAUCAGUAUGUGGUCCAACUUCUUCGUACAGCAGGAUGAGGAUGGUCGCAUCGGGGUGGCAGGGGCUGGUCAAGGUGGGGGUUUAGGUGGAAUUAAAUCUGGAAGGGGACAGAGGAGGACCCACAAGAUGAGUGACAGCGAGGAGGGAAAGAUCAAGCUGGCCUUCUUCGUGGCUAUCAUUGGUGUUACCCUCACAGUGUUGGGCAUGGGCACAGAGUUUUGGGUGGAGCUGGCCCAAUCAAAGAAUUUCAGCAACAACCAGACCUGCCAGAUGGCCCAUUAUGGCCUGUGGAAGGGCUGCAUUCGUACCCUGUGGGUGGCUGACAUAGACCCAGAGAGGACGAGCUGUGGCCCUGCUGAACUACCUGGAGAAACCAACUGCACCUACUUCAAAUUCUUCACCUCUGGGGAGAAUGCAGUCAUAUUCAAGAAGACAACUGAUAAAAAGCUGAAUCUAGCAGCAGCUAUCUUGGCCCUUUUGAGUCUGACCAUGAUGGUGAUGGGCUCCAUCUGUAUCGGCAUGUCUCUCAGCAAAGGAGUGCCCUUCUUUCUCAAGCCAGCCUCCUUCUGUUUCAUCCUAUCAGGUGUACUGGUCCUUCUCUCUAUCCUGAUAUUCCACCAGUCUGUGCUGGCCUUAUUGUCCAGUGACCACUCCAUACCUUUACACCAUGAGCUGUCUUGGUCUGUGGCCUGCGUUGGCUCAGCGGGUGCCAUUCUCAUUUUUGGAGGUUUCCUCUUCAUCAUCCUCUCCCUUCCUUUCAGCCCCUGGCAGAAAUGCCUGCCACAUAAGAAUAGCGCCACAUAGCACUUGUAUGAUAAUAAAACAUGCACAUAGUAUCCUUGAUGUCUUGAUUGAGAGCAAGUGAAAAUGUCCAAUUCCUGAUUGGUUGUGACUUUGCUUGCUCUUGGCAUUCAAUUUGUCAGGGAAGUCACACAAGGUCUUAAUUAAAUAUAUGAAGAGAAGUUGGCGUUAGUGAGGCCUCCAGAAUGAGUAAAAAUUUGUUAUUGUUUUUUUUGGUAGAAAACAGAUGAUAAGAAACAACAGGGCUAGUGCUGUUAAAUGUGUAGCUGUGGUGUUUACUUACAUCUGGAGAAUGCAUUUUUUUUUUGGCUUCAUUAGGCAAAAACAAUUUAUUUCUAACUUUCAGCAUAUUGGUAGACUACUUCAAGUGGUUUCUCCUCCUGAUUCUGGUUUCAGGCUUAAGAAAGUCUAGCCUGUGACUGGAGACUUUGGCCAAUCACAGGAUAUGUUAGAGAGAGAGGGCGUUCCUAUUGGCUGUUCUACAAAUGUGGAUGCGUGUGCACGUCCCUUCAGAUAGUGAAAGCAUGAUUCAAUGACGGAAAGUCUUGCAGAAAAAGUUGCUAUUUCAGCAUUAGCAACAACUACCUAAACCGCAAACCCCCCCCAAAAAUCAAGUCUAAAAUAGACAAUAAAACGUGUCAAUAUUAGCGGAGCGUUUCAGAAUUAGAGAUAACAUUUUCCAAAAGGUUUAGCCAUCUUCUAAACAUAGCCAAAGACUCACAGCUGUGGCUUAUUCAUGUUUAUGUAGUUAGCUAGAGCCUCCAAUCACAGUAUGUCAUCUCCACAAGCUCUACAGGCUCACACGUAUGCA